AUGUCGUCGGAAAACCAAGACGCCUCUAACAAGGGUGAGUCCAAGAAUGGCACUGUGGGGAAAGGGACUGCCACCACGUUGUUCCAUCGAUUCUGUCCUUGGAAGCCAAAGUGCGCGAGAAAGGCUACCCAGACAAAGCUACUGACGGAAUCAUCUCCAUCAGAAUCGGAAGUCAACUCUUCCCCGAACGCGGUUCUUUUUGGCCCGGUUCAGCAAUAUGGCCAAGUCUCCUACCUGCACCCUGGGCAGUACGCAUCGAAUACCGGCAUCACGCGCGCCUUCAAAGGGCACAUCACAACCACGGUCCACGGAGUUGAAACCAUCAUGCCCACUCACGAGUAUCUGCACCACCCUGAAGAGACGCGAUCGGCAAUUCUGAACCUCAGACUUCGCCUGGAUUCCGGCUACUACCCCAACCCUAUCAAGCCGCCGCCUGACGCUCCCCCUCCCCCUCCUCCGAUCGACAUCACCACUGGGAAGCCCAAGUCGGAGUCUUCCAAGGCGUCUUCUGAGGCUGGUGCCGCAGAGAAGAAGUGUCCGCAAUGCCACCAUGCAAGUACUCCGGCUCUGACAGACGCCGUUUGGAUCUGCUCGGGCUGUCUCCAGGGUCAUAAGUUCGUACUGGCUAACGAUUGCGAAAAGCGUUACUAG